ACUUCACAGGUAUACCCUUCUCCCUCCUAGUGUAACACAGAGAUGAUAUUUUUCCGAAUAACGGUGGAUUUCUGAAUUUUUGGGAGUCUAAAAUAUUGGCCCACUAGCACUAAUAGGUGGCCCCUAAGACCCCACAGCAUACAUGUAUAUUUUGACUUUUUCACUAUAUAAAUGGCAGUCCUCAUCCCUGGUAUCCAUAAUAAAUAGUAGAAGGAGUAAUAUCCUUGAUGGGCCACUGUUACAUUUGUGAUUGAUGACAUUUAGUCAUAUGGCUCAUAUCCUUUACAUAGUUGCCAUUGUUAUCUGUGCCAAUCCUUCUUCUACCACUUUGUGUUCUCUUCCUGGAAUAUACAGAAUCCUGAUCCUGCAUAUGCAGUGGAUUCAUCAACAUUCAAGAUGGCAACAGAAAGGUCCCUGUUAGGCUACCAGAUCUCCAACUUUGUAAGCAUGUACAUAGGCUACGCCUUUUACAUGAUGAACAGAAAAGCUUUCAGUUUUGCACUGCCAGUAAUGAUAAAGCAAGAGGGACUAUCCAAAAGUGAUUUAGGUAUGGUUCUAAGCAGUAAUUAUGUAGCUUACACAAUUAGUAAGUUUCUGGCAGGUGUGCUGUCUGACAGAAUCCCACCCAAUAUUCUGUUCUCUGUGGGUUUGUUCUUCUCAGGUGUGGCUGUCACCAUAUUUUCAGAGACAUCGCAAGUAUGGCUGUUUGUUGGAAUUUGGUUUAUGAAUGGCCUAUCUCAGGGUGCAGGAUGGCCCUCUUGUGUAAAAGUACUCAAACAUUGGUUCAGCCCAGCAACAUUUGGCACAUGGUGGGGAGUGCUGUCAACCUCCAUGAAUGCAGCUAACAGCUUAGGGCCUUUUAUAGCCAUGUUUAUCAUGCUCCAUUAUGACUGGAGGUUUUAUAUGAAACUACAAGGUGUAACAACAUGUAUAUUUGCCAUGAUUGUUUUCUUUGCCAUCAAGAACUCCCCUAAAUCAGUUGGGAUAGACUAUGAUAUACAGGGUGCUGCCUCAGAGAAGAAAGAUGAUGACAAAAAAUCUAAAGGAGAUUCUUUAGAAAAUAGCACUGCCACAUGGAGAGAUCUCAUAGCCAGUCCAUUUCUCUGGGUUAUCUCACUUCUAAUAUUGUUAAUAUUGGGGACCACUACAGCUGUGAUAGACUGGGGUCAGUUAUAUCUCAUACAAGAUAGAGAACAGAGCAACUAUGUAGGCAGCACAUUCAUGAGUCUCUAUGGAAUAGGUGGUACAAUUGGAAGUAUUAUACCAAGUUACAUUGCUGAUAGACUAGUGGCCAAGCAAAGUCCUGGUUCUACCUUCAACCCUAGAUUGACUGUGGUGCUGGCGCUAAGUGCUCUCACUGUUAAUUUCUUACACCUGUUUACCUACUGUGUCACAUCAGAGAGUUCGCAGCUGUGGAUCAGCGUGCUGGCCUUUGGCCUAGGGUUUGGACUGUACGGCAGUGUGGCCCUCCUGGGGGUGGUAGCUGUGGAGUGUGCCCCGCCCCACCUCAGCGGGACAUCACAUGCACUGUAUGGGAUUGGAUCUAAUGUUGGCUCUGUGCUUGCUGGCUUACCUCUUAGCUACGUAGCCAAGUAUUACAACUGGUCAGGAGUAUUUGUUGUGCUGGAGGCAGUUGGGAUACUCACAGUGGCCAUAUUGGUGGCUUGUAGGUGGAUGAGCCAUGUAAUAGCAGUAGACAAGAAAAAGAAGACGGACUGAGGGUGGUGGGUUGGUCUGAACUUGACAGGUAUUUUUUUAAGUAUUUUCCACAUUUCUUCAGUGAUGAUGUUGAUUUACCCCUUGUAUUAUGAAGCCUUUAACCUUGAUUUGCAAAGUCAAACCUUGUAUAUUUUAAGUCAUUUUGAAACUGCAGGGAGUGUACUUUAUUUUUUAAUUUUU